AUGACAAUUGUUUUACGUUUGAAAAAGAAGAAACAUGAAAGUUCUAUAUGGCAAAUUAUUUCAUUAUUACUGGUAUUACCUCCAGUUCUCCGAGCUAAAAAUACCCUGGAGUGUAACAAUUUCGUUAAAAGUGAUAAAUGCACAUGUUAUAUAUUUGAAGAAGCUAUUUUUUUAGACUGUCAAGACUCAAAUAUAAAACAAAUAAAAAAUGCGCUCAAGUGGGUUAUGAAUGUACAUUCCUUAUCCAUAUACGACUUAGAUGACACAGAAGAAGUUUUGGGACCACAUUUUUUACCGUUUGGCAUUUGCAUUAAACAUAUACAUUUAUCAAGAACAAACAUUAGAAUUAUCGAUGAUGAGACGUUUGCGCCAUUAAGACAGUGCCUUGAAACGUUAAGUAUUGUGUCAAGUAAAAUUAAAUAUAUUCCACAAAAAGUAUUUUCAGGCAUGAUCAAACUGAUGUCUAUUGAACUUGCAUCUAACUACAUUGAAGAAAUUCCGAGUUAUAGUUUUUAUGGUCUUCCGUUGAUGAAAAUAAACAUAAAACAAAACAUUAUUAGACACAUUUCGGAUUCAGCCUUUUCUAGUUUGGAAUCAACUCUGUCAGAAAUCGAUUUAAGUGAAAAUAAUCUAACAGUGUUUCCCAUAGCGUCAAUUGCAAAAUUGAGACAUCUUCGAUCUUUACGAUUAUCAUGGAAUGAAAUGUCUUCUUUCCCAAGUGUUGAUGAUUACGAUCUAAAGGCACUUGAAUUUUUAGAUUUAAGUUCUAAUAAUUUUGUAUUAAUUUCAGAAGACUGCUUAAAAUUUUGUCCGUCCCUGUCAAUAUUAUCGUUUCAUUUUAAUUUUAUAAAUAACAUACAUUAUCGCGCUUUCCACUCGUUACUUUACCUUAAAUCGAUUGAUUUGAGUCAUAAUAGAAUCAAAGUGUUAAAUACAAACCUUUUUCAAAAUAAUAAAGAAUUAGAAUUCAUUGAUUUAAGUCAUAACCAUUUACAUCACAUACAUGGUCUUUUUUCUAACAUGCCGUUUUUAACAAAAGUAUUUUUAGGAAACAACAACAUUUUGGAGGUGCCAAUUGAUUCCUUUUUUAACUCAACUAAAAUAAAUACAAUACACUUACAAAAAAAUUGUAUAUAUAAGAUUCAUAGUAAAAGCUUUAGUAAUUUAGAGAACUUAGCUGCCUUGCGCUUAGAUUCCAAUUACGUAACUCAAGUGCCACAAGAUAUAUUUAUUAAUAAUUAUAAUUUAACUAUUUUAAAAUUAGACAAUAAUAACGUUAUAGAUUUGAAUAAUUACACUUUCGGUAGCCAAGCAAUAUUAAGGGAAAUUUUAAUCAACAAUAAUAAUUUGAAGUUUAUUUCAAAAUAUCUUUUUUAUAAUUUAACAAUGGCAGAGGAGAUUUAUUUAAAUAAUAAUAAAAUUACUUGUAUAGAAUCAGAGACGUUUGUUAAAAUGUCUCGACUCAGGCACCUUAGUUUACACGAUAAUUACCUAGUUGAAAUAGAUGAUAUAUUACCAAAGCCAAGUUCUACUUUACUAAAGUUACGAAUUGGUUCUAAUUUGCUUUCCUCAAUAAAAAGUUUAAGCUUUCGAUAUCAACAGAAGUUAUAUCAUUUAAGUUUGACAAAUAAUUACGUAAAAUUUUUAUCAAAAAAUAUUUUUUCAAAUUUAACUCACUUAACUCGAAUUGAACUUCACAGUAAUGAAAUAUCAAUAAUUGAUGAUUUUACAUUUCAACAACUUCGUUCCGCGAGAAAUUUAGAUUUACACAAUAAUUUAUUACGUAAUAUCACUAAUUAUACUUUCGUAGGUCUUUUCGAGUUAGAAGACUUAAACUUAUCACAUAAUAAAAUCGUUUUUAUUUUUAGCAUGGCUUUUGAUACGUUAAAGAAAAUAAGAACUUUGAGUUUGUCCUUUAACCCCUUGAAAGUACUUUACAAAAAUCUGUUCCAUCAAGGUUUACCUUUAAGUUCAUUGUACUUAGACAGUUGUGAAAUACAAAAAAUAGAAAAUGGUACCUUCGAAGGGAUGAAUAAUCUUAAAUAUCUGUCCUUUAAAAAUAAUUCACUUAAGUCUAGUGACUUAAUUUAUGUUGACAUCCCAGGAUUAAAAUAUUUGUCACUUUCUUACAAUAUUUUCGAUAGUUUACCUGUUGAUUCUUUUUCUCAACUUCCUCUACUUGAAGUUUUAUUUUUAGAACAUUGCAAUUUAGAACACAUUUUUGAAGGCACAUUUUCAUUUAACAAACAUCUAGUAAGGCUAAAUAUAGCACAGAAUAAUAUUGGAGGUAUUCCUUUUACAUUGUUUGAAUCAUAUAAUUCUAUAUCUGAAGUAAACAUAAGCAACAAUUUUUUAGAUUACGUACCAUACAAUACCUUUCAUAAUCUAACUCUUAUUGAAACUUUAGAUAUAGCAGACAACUUGUUACCCAAAAUUGAAUUAAGUGGUUUUGAAAAAUUAACGAAAUUAAAAUACUUAAAUUUAAGAAAAAAUGAAAUUCAAUCACUUACCAUGAAAAAAAGAAUAGUCUUAAAGGAAUUAUUAUUAUUAGACUUAAGUCAUAAUAAAUUAAGUAUUUUGCCAUCUUUGUUGUAUGAAAGUUUCCCAAAGAUACAAAAUAUUAACAUUUCUUAUAACGAUAUUGUUCAUUUUGACUUCUUGUUAUCACGCACCAAUAAUGGAGUGCCAUUAAUUAGUAUUGACAUAAGUAAAAAUCCAGCAGUAUCGUGGCCCAUAGUGCAUGAUGUAGACGUUAAUAAUACACUAUUAGGUAAAUUAUAUGAACUUCACAUCUGCAAAACUAAUUUGUCUAAUCUUGAUGAUAUAAAUUUUAAUUUCUUUUCUAGUUUGCAACAUUUAUACCUAAAAUUUAAUAAAAUUAGACGCUUAUCUAUAAGUCCUUUUUUGAAGUUAAAUUUACUAGAAAAUUUAGAUCUUAGUUAUAAUAAAAUAAGCCAACUUAAAAACAGCAAUUUUCGUGGACUUGAAAAACUAAGCUCUUUAGGUUUAUCGAAUAACAAUAUUGAAUCCAUGGAACCAUUUACUGAAGACCUUUAUAAUUUGAAGGUUCUAGAUCUAUCAUAUAACAAACUGCAAAAUAUUCUUAAUCAAGAUUUAGCCAACUUAAAAGAACUUAAUGUGUUAUAUUUAGGUUUUAACAAUAUCAAAUAUAUAUCAGUAACAGCAUUCAAUAAUUUGAAUAAAAUUAUACAAAUAGGUUUAGAACAUAAUAAACUCCACAUGAUACCGAUAGAAUUAUUCUCAUCAAUUGAGACUCAUAUUCAAGACAUCUCAAUAAAAGAUAACGUUAUAAUUUGUAGUUGUCAAAAAAAUAAUACAUGGACAUGGAUUCAAGAUCAUCCAAAAAUAAUACAAAAAAAUGCUGUAACAUGCCAUAACGAUGAAUACCCUAAAGAGAAAUGCGAUUUUCCAAUUUUGACUCAAAUGUCUAUUGACAAACAUAAAGAUAACUCAGUGUCGAUUUCGUGGUUUAUUCGUAACCGUACAGCUGUUAAAUCUUUACAAAUAUUGUAUUAUGACGAUGACUUAAACUCAGACGUGACCUAUAAGUUUAUUGAUAAAACUGAGACAUCAACUCUAAUAUCAGAUUUAAAACCGAGUAAAAAUUAUAUAAUAUGUAUAUUAACUUUAGAUCAGCAUCCUUUGAUGCAGAUAUCUGAGGAGGAAAUAUCAAAUGUGAAUAAUAGUGACAUUAAUUUUAUUUCUAAUAUAAGUCGUAGCGUAGCUGCAACGUUAAUUUCACAAUCAUCUUCAAGUGAAUGCAUUUCUUUUGAUACAUUCCCGAAGCAAACAGUGAAGUUAAUGUCCAAUAAAACUUUUAAUUUAUCAACUAUACUCAAUCGUAGAAUGGGCUUAAUUGUUGGUUGCUCUUUAGGAUUCGUAGUAUUUUUUGUCAUGGUUUCCGUUUUAUUAUAUACCAAAAUUAAAGAAAGAAAACGAAUAGCUAAAUCUGAUCCAGCUUGGUCUGAAAUGAAUGAUUAUCAUUCAAUACAAAGUAAAGAAGAUAUUUUACAGCAUUCUACAACUGCAUCUACUGAUAAUAUUUUAUUAGGAACGGCAAAUAAAAGAAAAAAUUCCUUAGAAAAAUUAAAGUAG